CGGCGGCGCGUGGGCUCUGACGUCAGCGCCGCAGGCCGUCCGCAGCCCGGCGCCCCGCUCGGCGACGCCCCGGCGCCCGGCCUGCCCUCAGGGAGGCGGACCCCGCGGCCUCGCGCCUCGCCCGCGGUCGGGCGGGACUGGGCGGUGUCCCCGGAGGCCCUCGCCAGGCGCGUCCGCCGCGCGAGACCCGGGCAGCCGCGGCGCCGACGGGAGCGGCAGCGGGAGGCCCGUCAUGGAGACCCGCUACAACCUGAAGAGCCCGGCUGUUAAACGGUUGAUGAAAGAAGCAGCAGAAUUGAAAGAUCCAACAGAUCAUUACCACGCUCAGCCUCUGGAGGAUAACCUUUUUGAAUGGCACUUCACAGUUAGAGGGCCCCCAGAUUCCGAUUUUGAUGGAGGAGUUUAUCAUGGACGAAUAGUGCUCCCACCAGAGUACCCCAUGAAACCACCAAGCAUUAUUCUGCUAACGGCUAAUGGACGAUUUGAAGUAGGCAAGAAGAUCUGCCUGAGCAUCUCAGGGCAUCAUCCUGAAACCUGGCAGCCCUCAUGGAGCAUAAGGACAGCAUUGCUGGCCAUCAUUGGUUUUAUGCCAACUAAAGGAGAGGGAGCCAUAGGUUCUCUAGAUUACACACCCGAGGAGAGAAGAGCACUUGCCAAAAAAUCACAAGAUUUCUGUUGUGAAGGCUGUGGCUCUGCCAUGAAGGAUGUCUUGUUGCCUUUAAACUCUGGAAGUGAUUCAAGCCAGGCUGACCAAGAAGCCAAAGAACUGGCGAGACAAAUUAGUUUUAAGGCCGAAGUGAAUUCAUCUGGAAAGACUAUUGCUGAAUCAGACGUAAACCACUCUUUUUCACUAAACGAGUCACAGGACGAUUUACCUACAGCAUUCCAGGGUGCUACAGCCGGCACAUCGUAUGGAGCCCAGAAUCCAUCUGGAGCACCCUUGCCACAACCUACCCAACCGGCUCCUAAGAAUACCUCCAUGAGCCCUCGACAGCGCCGGGCCCAGCAGCAGAGUCAAAGAAGGUCUUCUACUUCCCCCGACAUGACCCCAGGCCAGCCGCCCAGAGCCAACCACACUGAGCACGGCGGGUCUGCCAUGCUGAUCGUCAUCCUGACUUUGGCAUUGGCAGCUCUUAUAUUCCGACGGAUAUAUCUGGCCAAUGAGUACAUAUUUGACUUUGAGUUAUAAUGCUGGUUUGUGACUUAAGAGCUGAGACUCAGUUGCUUCAUUAAACAUUCUGCAUUGGGUAUAACCUAAGGAUUGUUUACAAAAAGAUUAUUUUGUAUUUACCCUUCACUCCUUUUUAAUCGUUAUAAAUUCAUUGUGCUAUAGGCAGACAUGCAGGCUGUGGCCCAGCAGUUGUUGCUUAGAUUAAGGGACUGGAAGCCACGGUUCCUUGUCUUACUAUUUAAUCUACUUCAAAACAAGUAACCUGUUGUGGUUGCUCACACCCACGCUGCUUUUCCGUAGAUUUGCAAUGCUUUUCUGUGUAGUCCUUUGGAGUUUUCAGAUAAAAGGCGGUGUUUUUACAUCUGGAGUAUUACUGGUUACUCAGUAUCACUGACUGAGUACUAUCUCUAGUUCUGUAGAAUGAGAGGGAUAAAGAAUGGCAGAGGGAGGGCAGAUUGCUCAUUAGCUUCUUGAAAAGUGUCCUUUAUAGGAGAGGCUGGGAUUGCCCAUUCUGUGAUCUUUGUAUUUGAGACUUUGUUCGGUGAGAAUAAUUUUAUUUCAGACAUUUAUGAAGAUCUUUGUUACAUUUUUGUUUUGGAUAUUACUUGAAGAGAAAAGACUUUGUAGCCACUUUGAUAUGCUGUUAUCACUUCUGAUGUGCACACAAAUGAAAAGAAAACAGGCCUUCAUAACCCUGUCAUAUGGGGGAAAGGGUCCAUGCCAAGAAAUAGUUUGAUAUUUUCUUUCACAAGUUAGGUGAGGAGAUCAUAAAAUUUGAAUAUUUGCUCUGCUUUCAUUUGUAUAUGGUUGGAAUUAUAUGCCCAGCUCUGUAAUCACUAUAGGUUUUAAUUAUUCUAGGAAUAUGCAUAAUAUUCAAAUUUUAAUAGAAAAACUCAGGGCCUAAGAGAGAUUAAAAACAAACCAACUUUUAUUUAGAAUUGUUCACUAAUCAAAGCCAAGAAAGAUUUUAGUGGAAAAGUUUAUCUGUCCCUUGGUGCCAGCCAGUCCCCCAGAUGCUGACAUCUAAUUUUGUCAUCACAGUGCCUAGUGAGACCACUUGAGGCAAUGCUGCCAGCAGCAUGUUCUUUGAGCAACCUGAGGGAGCUCUUGAGGGUCCUGUAUUAAUGAUGUACCUGGGAAAUAUAGGCAGUCCCCAGCUUUUAAAUAUAUCAUGCUCUCAAAGCCCAUUUAUAAGCUUUUUUUUUUUUUUUUU